GAAUCACUUCAGUAAUUUAUCAAGCAACAGUGCUCAAAUUUUCAGCGUUUCAAAUGUGAGGAUUUAAUACUUUUGCUUGUCAUGUAUGAUGGUAAAUUGCAAGCACUUUGAAGACUUUAUCAUCUUUACCUCUGGGAAGUUAUGAUGGGCCUUUUUAAUUAUUUUCUAAUAUAUUAUUUACUGAACAAUCGAUUGAUCAUCUAUCUAGUCCACAGAUUAAUCAAUAAGUAGUAGCAAUAGUUGGCUAUGUGUGAGGCUUGCAUAUUAACCAACUUCCUUUAAGACAGACUAAUAAUCGCAUUAAUCAAUUGCAGAUAAAGAAAAAUUAAAGGAAAUUACUCCUCUCUCACUCCUCUUAUAACGCAGGGCUCCAAAGUAAUUAUUUGAAGGAGGUGAAGCUGAAAAUGACUCAAGAUGAAUUGGAUGUGAUGAUAUGGCAAGCAAGGGGUGUGGUUUGGUUGGGGUUGAUGGUGGAGGGUCGGGCGAUGGUUUCUUGAAUGCUCGCGAGAAGACCGAUGCUGAGGCUGUUAACGUCGGAGACAGACUCAUAUUCACACGGACUGGGAUGUGAGAGAGCCCGAUGAGAUGGAGACCUUCAUCCAUCUUCACCUGAAUCUGAUUGAUCUUGGGAUUCAAGCCAAGAUGUGACCGUCACAGCGCGUCAUAGUUUGGAUCUCUCCAGCCUUUACAAUACUUGUUCCUAUAGCAACAGAAAUAUCAGAGUAUCCGAAGAAGUCUCAUUCCCACAAUGCAGUCCUCUAGCUGCUCCUCUCAGCCUUCAAAGCCACGGCGCUUUGACGUCAGCAGACGGACCACUACCUUAGCUGGACCAAAGUCUCAUGGCCCUGGUUUUCAGAGGGAGGAUAAAAACAUGAACACGAUCAGCACGUCCUCCCCACGCCGGGCUACCAAAGGCCCCACUGCACCCACCAGAACAAGGGUGGGAGUGCAGCCUCGCGUACCAAUAAGCCAGUCCAGGUUUGGCUCACAAAAACAGAAUUCCACCAUUCCCAAAUCAGCUAAGCCCAAACUCAAGAAUGCCCGUGCAACGGCGGCAACCCAAAUUGCACCAGCAGCCACUCCUCCUCUGCUUCCCUCUGUUCUCCCUCUUGACCCGAAUUGCAAUGAGCCAAGCCUCCCAUGUUUGUGCUGCGACGGCCGCUCCCCACAAGACAACAACAGUAUGUUUAACCAUAACCACAACAACAACAACACCAUCUCUCUCAGGCAGCAACUGAAGCUACCGCCUCCUCCGGCCCCGUUGCCCCAGAGGCAGGAUGGGACAGGGGCCAAAGAGAAGCCUGAGCCUCCCUCGCCAGCACAGGCCAAGCUGAAGCCCUCUGCCUGCCCUGCCGCUAGUCUGGAAAAUGAGGACAAGAAAGCAGAUGAAAGCGCGGAUCUGGACAACAAGAAAAAUGUGAAAGUAGAGGAAGAAGACGACGAGGAAGAGAGCAGUGGGGAUAUUGAUAUUGAUGAUGAUGAAGAGGAGGCUGACAAUGAUGACGACGAUGAAGAUGAUGACACCCUGGUCCCCUCGUGCUGUGACUGUCCCCCCUCCCUCCUGGAGCUCUCGCUCUCCUCCUCUACCUCCUCAUCCUCCACUUCCAUCAGCUCCUGCUCUGAUCUGGAGCCUGACUGUGCAGAUCAGUCUGCCUCCAUCUGCUCUUCCCACGACCAAGAUAAUCUAUCCGUCCCUCUGUCCCCCAAAGACAACUGUGUUCCACAAGCCCCUGAAUGCCAGGCUCCUGCGCGUUUACCCCCAUCCCUUAGCCGGAAUCCCUUCUCUUUAACAUCACAUUCCCCAAUUUCCCCCUGUUCCCCAGAUGAGGGCUACCCUUCUGCCCUUGACUCCCCUUCUCCUGACUACUUGGGAGUCAAAGGUGAUUCUGAAGUCACUAAACUAGGCUUACUUGACUUUCUAGAAUCAGUAGGGGAGUUUGGGAAAAUGGAGCGCUUCAGCCAGGUGAUCCAAGUGGCUCGUUGGGAUCUGGAGGGGGAACAGCACUGGGAUGUUCUGAGGGAUCGGCUAGACCACCUGGAUCGCUUAGAGAAGGUGAACAGGGAAGUAAAACUGGCGUACAUUGCCAGACUCCACGAGAAGGGAUUUGAUCUUGGAGAUCUGGAAGAGCAGGAUCUCUCAGAUGUCAUGGAUGAAAUGGGCAACAUCGACAUUCCCUGGAAGUUGUAUAAAAGCAGAGCAGGAACAAUGGGAGACUCUCAGGAGUUUUCAGAUGCAGGCGUUGACCUCACUGCUCCAUCAGACUGUGACGAACCUCUGGUUCCUGAUUCCCUCACCCCUUCUCCUGUCGAGCCGCCACCUAGACCCCCCAAACCUCCCGCGCGUCAUGCCAGCGUAAGCUCUGACCUCCACACCUACAUCAAUAUCAGCAGAGAGACUACCUCCAUGGCUGUCUCCACCUCUCCUACAUUGUCUACUUUCUCCCCUAACUCCUCAUCCCCCACAUUCACCACUUUUAGGUGUGAGAAACCACUGCCUCCAUCUCCACCGUCCAUUCCUCCUCUCCCCACCUCUAAACCGGUCCCUUACCUCACCCUCUAUACCACUACUUCUCCACCGCCAUCUAACCCCACCCCGACUCCUCCCAUUCCUCCACCUCGGAGGCGUCACCUUGCCAGAAAGGAGGCACAGCGACUCGCUGCUCUUCAAGCCGAACAGGAUAAAACCCCCCUUUCCCUUCCUCCUCCUACCACACGUCCCCCACCUCUACCUCCUCCACCAGUUAUAUCAGUAUCCUCCUCAUCUCCUCCUGCCAUACCACCCCCACCUGCCCUACCUCCUCCCCCAUCCUUCCAUGCUCUGGAUGUAGAGAUUCGGAAGCUACUGAUGCUCGCUGGAUUGACCCAAGCUGAGCUCCUCAAACUCAGCCCAGAGCUUGGUGUUUGUGUUGGAGGGUUAGAGGACGAGGGGGAUAAUGUUGUCUCGUCCAGGUCUGUGGAGCCAUAUGAGUUCAGACUGAAAGAGAGAGAGGAGGAGAAGGAAUGUGACACUGGGCUGGUGACUAAAGAUGGAUGGAGCAGCAGAAGCAAGUUGGAUGCAGAUCGAAGAGUAGAUAUAGCUGAAGGCAAAGACACACAAAGAACCACCACAUUCACUGAGAUGGCAAGGCGAAGGAAGAGGAACAGCGGUCUAACCUCUGACCUUUACUACAGCACUGGUCUUAGCAAUACACAUGAAGCUAAAAGCAAAGAAUAUGAGUCUUUCCAGUACCCCGCUGAUUUACCAGAUUCACCUCCACCUCCUCCUCCACCUCGUCCUUUACCCCCAAUCCCUCCAUCUUUGCCAUCUAUUAAAGUCAGCACUCUCCCUGCCAACUCUACACAACCUGAGCGAUUUGAUUGGCUCAUAGCAUUUACACCUGAUGGUGAAGCCCCACCCCUGGAAAUGAGAAAAUCUCAUAUGGAAGCUCAAAAGAAGCUCAGUUCUCCAGGGUCAGCUCCAGGGUCAGCUCCAAAGGUCACAAGUUUUAAAGAGAUGCGUUUCCGCAGCAAGAACGCCUCCCCCCAAACAAAGGUGAUCACUGACCCAGAUCCUGACCCAACAGUUAUUACUCCAGAUCCAGAUAUACUGUACAACCUGAGGUGGAGAAGAGAGACGGUGGGCAGCGAUGGAAACCAAUGGGAGUACACCUCUCAGGCUCAGGCCUUCUUCAUGCAGCCGCCACCAGCCCUCACUUCAAUGGCUGCCCUGAAGGAAAUGCUCCAGAGAGCGGACAAGGAGGGUGGACAACCGGAGCUGUGCCCAUCACAGAAGAUUGGCUGCUCAGUGAGUGACAGCAGCCUGUGGACCAUGGGCAGAGAGUGGGAGUGUGAUGAAGUUAAGAGGGAGGAGAAGGAAGGCAAAGAAGAACAAGAACAAGAAAAACAAGAAGAAAAACAAGAGGAGAAAGAGGUGGAGGUGAGAGGACGAGCUGAUGGAGAAAGGACUUUUGAAUCAAGAACUACGGUUUCCUCCCCCCCACUGUCUCUCGCCCAGUCCUCCCAACCCUACUUCCUCCACACUGCCUUCCCUUCCUAUUGCCCAGGCUACUGUAACUCCCAGCCCUUUGCAGAUCCUAGACCCCUUAGCCACGUAGGCAGGGAGUCCACAGACAAAUAUUGCAGCACACAGUGGGCCCCUGCUGCCAGCUCAGCUGCUAUACACAGAGAUGAUUCCAGUACGGAUUUGAGCUCUGGGUUUAACUAUGAAUCCCAGGCUGAUUGUGAUGUAGACUCUCCUGAUUAUGGGAAUAUCUUUAACACACACAGGGACUUUGAGUCUGACUCUAUCUCUAAUUUUGACUCUCUGUACUGUAGUGCCUCAGAGAAGCAGAGUGACACACACACCAAUUCAGACAAACCUGUUAGUGGCACCACAGAGGCUCAAGGCUGCACCACCCCAUAUAAGAACAUUGAUGUCAUGAUGACAUUAUCAAACAGUGUCAAUGGUAUGGAUUCGCUGUACUCUGGAAAACACUCACACACAGACCCCAACAGCAACAAGGCCAGGACAUCUAAAGAGCUUCCUCCUCUCCCCACAUAUUACCUGUACCACCCUAAAAACUGCCCUCUGCACAGGGGUGCGCCCCCUCGCCUUUCCCCUAUCGGAGCCCUCUCCCCUCCCCAGCGCUCAGGUGCGCCCCCUCCAGGCGCAGCAGGCUCCUGCCUCAGUUCCCCGCUUUUUCCCCGCUCUCACACCUUGCCUGCCCUCGCUGCUCCCCUCUACUAUCCAAACCUCUACCCUCCUAUACCGCCCAGGGCACCCCCCCUACCCCCAAAACUCUACCAGGCUCCUCCGCAGUCACGCGUGGCGACUGUUCGUAGUGUGUCGUUUGCGGGCUCAGUACAGAGGACAGAGACAUCCUGGAUGGGCGAAGAUGUGAAGCAUCCAAUGAGAGGUCUGGGCCUGUCCUCUUUCUGCCUGCAGGAAAAAAAAGCUCUGGUCAGUGCUGUCAGUGUGGCAGUGGAAGCCAUCUUGGCCCAGUUCAGCUCUUCUCGGACUGUAGUUCAAAAGUCUCUCUCAGUUAACAAGGCCUUAUCAGGAGACAGCACUAUAAAUCCAUCUCUGGGCCGGCUGGUGCUGCAGUGCCUCUGCCCUGCCCUGCACAGCUUGCUGACCGAUGGCUUGAAACCCCACCAGAGUGACCUGAUUGCAGGAAGGAGGCCAAACUCCGCCUGGGGUCUGGUCCAGACUUCAACCAGACCAGGUCCAAAAACACAGGCCUUGUUUAACCUACAAGUUCGAGUUGGAGAGCUGCCCCAGCUGAGACAGAGCAAACACAGGUUCAAUGCAUUCCUCCUUGGCCUGCUGAAUACCAAACUUCUUGAUUUCUGGCUGUCUCACCUUCAGUCCUGCAGUGAUGUCCUGGAGACGUAUUACCGUCCCACCUCCUUUAUGCGUCUGUCACUGACCACCUGCCAGUCUCUGUUCGAGGAGCUGCUCCUCGUUUUGCAGCCUCUCAGCCUGCUGACCUUCAACCUCGACCUGCUCUUCCAACACCACCAUUUAGAGCCAGAUAGUCACAGUCCAGAGAUCCCCAGUCCACCUUGUCAGGAUGCUGGAUUCCAGCUCUCAACAGAGGGGUCCACAACCAAACCCACAGGCUGCAGAAGCCUGUCAGAAGUAAACUUUGGAAGCCCAGAACAUCAGGCAGCCAAAGAGAAAUCGUCACCAUUAGCUAAUCCAAAGAACGGAGGAUCAGGGCAGUCAACACAUAGCAGUGCUGCACCCAUAAAGGCUUCAGUCGCUCUAGGGCAGACAAGCCCUCAGCUGCUGUGGGUGCAGGAGAAGGAAAUUGAAGACUUGCCUCUUCCUAAUGUUGAGGAGGACAGCCUUGCUCAGCAGGCAGGACAGGUGAUCCAGCAGGGAUGGGGGGCUGUGAUGCGCUGGGGAGGCAGACUGAGCCAGAACCUCGCUGAGCUGAACCUGAAAAAGGAGGAGAUGAAGACAGAUCUGCCACAUCUCCAGGCCCAGGCAGCGAGUGACUUUGCGCCGGUCAGCAGUGGUGCUCAGGUUCCCUGGGGUCUGGGGCGGCUCUUUGGAGCCUCUAAAAGCCCCAAUAGCCCACCAGGUCACACACCACCAACCAGGCGUCCCUCUCAGUGGCUGGCCCCUGGUGUCACUGCACUAACCCGAAUAGUGAGCAGCAGCUCCACCCCGAUAAUAAGGAGGGCCCCGGAGCACCACGGAGAAAGUAAGCCAGAGUCAGAAAAAGAAGUAGAUGCACUGGAGAUGAAAGACAAACCCAGACCACUCAGGUCAGUACGAACGCUGUGUGACCACACUGGAGUAGGUUCGGAGCUCAGCUUCUGCAAAGGGGAGGAACUCGUGGUGUUAGGAGGAGUCGAUCAAGACUGGAUCCGCUGUCGUCAGGGAGACAAUGAGGGGCUCGUACCUAUUGGCUACACCUCCCUCAUCAUGUGACUUCGGCACCAUAACAGCUGCACUCAAUCAUUAAAAAAAACAAAAUAAAAUAUAUAUAUAUUUUAGGCGAGUAUUGAGAGGUUAUGGUGAGGCUCCACUACUCUGAAAGGGAUAUUUUACGCUUGCUUGGUUAGAGUUUGAGUUGAGUGCAUAACACCAUCUGUUCUGCUGUACGUGCAUCACAAGCAGUCUGCAGCCCUCUCUCUUUAUGAACAUAUGGCAGUUUUUUCUCCAUCACAAUCCACCCAGUUUGGUAGCAUUAAACUAAUGGAUUUAAACAGCAGGAAUGCAGCAGAUGGUGUGAAAUAAUGACUCAAGUCAAAUUUUGAUCAUUUCAUACUGGAAGACUUUUGAUCUCAGAGUGAAGUAUCCCUUUCAAUGUCCUUUUCUCAAUCUCCGCCUUCCUUGUCAGCCACUGAUCUGAGAAUGGUUACAGGGGAAAUUCUGUGCUACCAACCACGAGCAGAUUCAAGUGCUUUCAGAUCAGCGGCUGCCUAUUUGAGGAGGCGACAGUCAACAGCCUGGUAAUAGCCACGUUAAUAUCUCUAGCCAUCAGCUGUAGAGAGUCGCGGCUCACAGGUUGUUGAGUGGAGAAAGCAUGUUAGAGUACUGGGCCGUAGCUCCUGUUGCAUACUGCGUAGUAAUGUAGUGAAUUGUAGCUGUGUAGAUCUGUGUUCUAUUGACCUCUCACCUUUAUCGCCUGGUUCAUGUGUGUUUGACAUGUUUCUGCUACUCUAUUUGACUGUAUAAAUAUACAUAAAAAAUAUAUAUAGGUAUAUAAAUUGAGAUGAUUGAUAUUACCAAGAUAGAUAAAUAGAUAGAUAGAUGAACAAGAGAAAGCAGAUAGUAAAACAUAAGCAGCAGCUUAAUACUGUGGCCACAUUGAGGAAGUAGAUGAUAAAAAAGCAAUGGAUUCAGUCUUUAUCUUUACAAGUUUACACACACAUUAAGUGGUUUAAUGAAAAACGGUAUAUGUGUUGUUUUAAGUACAAAAUCCAGUAUUUUCCCUCCUUCGUGCUUUAUGUAUUGCCAUUCUGACAUCAUAUUCAUACGAACUUCAGAUUUAGCUUCAUACCUUAAACACUGUAUGCAUUGUAAUGUGCCAUGAAUGCUUUGAAUGAAUGCCAGAAACUAUCUAUCUAUCAGAUAUAGACACAGUUAUAGAAGAUAAUAUCAGACAACAGCAAUCUGUAGCUCAUCUCUCUACUCGUCCAGAGACCUCAAGGAGGCCAACAUUUGUUGGAAUAAACGCCUCACAAAACUAUGCUCAGCUCUUGUUCAACACUAUCUGACCUUAAAAUUGAAUGCAGUAAGAAAGUCCCAGAUGUGUAAUUCGUUAACGCUACUGUAAAGUCUGUGGGUUUGGUGGCUGGUCUUCACCUUGUACCUCAGCUUUUGUGUUUAUCCUUACCCUUCCUGCCAUGUUUGCUUAUCAUAAUCAUUGAUAUUAAUGAUGUGGUAGUGGUGGAAAUGAUAUGUUGAGUCUUAAUGUUGCCCAUAUGAAACACAUUGCUUUGUGUCAUAUAUUUAUUAGUUAUUCUGUAUUGAUGACUAUGCAUAUGGUUAAAUGUACAACCGGAAGCAUUUUGUUUGUCACGGUUUUGAUAUGUUGUUGUUGUUGUUGUUCUCAAGUUGACGCCUGAAGCCUAAAACAAUAGCGUAAAUAGUUAAAAGUUCAUAUGAACGAACCUGAUUUUAACUGGUCAGGAAAGGCUACUUGACCUCCAUUUAAUUCAGCAGGAAAGUUUCAUUGCUAUUGAUCAAUCAGGGAAAUCUCAGUUCUUCAAAGUUUCCUCAUGUUAUUGUGUCAAUGCCAUGUAGCAUGACAUUGCUGUCACUCUGGCAACUGUCCAGUAGCAUUAAGUUAAGCCAGUGUUCAUAACGUGUAAUUUAUGCUCACACAGAAGUAUAGAUAAAGGUAAACUAUCAGUUGACAUUAAAUUGUCGAUAAUUUCUUGUUUUGUUUGUUAUUAUAUUUUUUCAAACGUGAGGUUAUAGUCCAAAUGCAUUUGUUUGAAAGCUGUUAAUUUAUUGGAUGUACUAAUUAUUGAUCUUGAGGUUUCUGAAAGGAAUGGCUCUAUCUGACCCAUCUAGUGUCUCUCUAUCUAUCUGGGUUCAUAAUGUGCGUGUGUGUGCGCCCGAGUGAGCGUGCACAUGGCAGUGUAUGUGGUAGUGAAAGCAGACAUGAGUGUGAGCACAUCUGUGUGUCUGCACAUCCUGCACUUUCACUUGUGUGUGUGUGUGUAAGUGUAACAAUGAGUUCUGUACUUCCUCCUCCUCCUCUCUUUUUCUCUCUGUUGUCAUGUAGCUUGUAGACAUCCCCGUGUCCUACUAUUGCACAUAGUUCAGUACCCCUCUAGUGUCAGUCACUGUCCACCUCCUGCAUGUGCUUGUUUGUAAAUACACCAAAUAAAAUUAUCAGUAUGAACCAAA